AGAUAACAAGGUGUAGAGCUGGAUGAACACAGCAGGCCAAGCAGCAUCAGAGGAGCAGGAAAGCUGACGUUUCGGGCCUAGACCCUUCUUCAGACAUCCUUUCUGCUGCUUGACCUGCUGUGUUCAUCCAGUUCUAUACCUUGUUACCUCAGAUUCUCCAGCAUCUGCAGUUCCUACUAUCUCUGGGACUCAGUGUCUCUCGCGCUACGGGCAGUGGGCGGGGCGCGCAUACUUUCCGGCCUUUUUUCGGAAGCCCCGCCCAUCGCGUGCGCGGCCGCUCCUAGAUUCACGCAUGCGUGCCCACUCUUUCCAUAAGAGGCUGUUGAGAGUAGGGGGUGCUAUCAGAUUGAGGGAGGUUUUGACGGGGAAGGUAGUGUUCCUGCUUCAACAGUGAUUGAACGGAACCUUCAUUCCCAACUGCGACCCGCGAGCUUCUCUGUUCAUACUCACUAUCGUUAUCUCCUGAUCCGUCCAUCGUCAUGAGUUCCCAGGUGCGACAAAAUUAUCAUCCUGACUGUGAGGCCGCCAUCAGCCGCCAGAUCAACCUGGAGCUUUACGCCUCUUAUGUUUAUCUCUCUAUGUCUUUUUACUUCGAUCGAGAUGACCUUGCAUUGAAGAAUUUUGCCAAAUUCUUUCUGGAGCAAUCUCAUGAAGAGCGUGAACAUGCUGAGAAACUCAUGAAACUGCAAAAUCAGCGAGGAGGGCGUAUCUUACUUCAGGAUAUCAAGAAACCAGAUCGUGAUGAAUGGGGGAGUGGCUUAGAUGCAAUGGUGUGUUCUCUGGAGCUGGAGAAGAGUGUAAACCAGUCGCUUUUGGAAUUGCACAAACUGGCUACAGACAGGAAUGACCCACAUCUCUGUGACUUCUUGGAGACUCACUAUUUGGAUGAACAGGUCAAGUCUAUCAAGCUCCUAGGAGAUCAUGUAACCAACCUGAAAAGAUUGGGUGCUCCUGAAAAUGGAAUGGCUGAAUAUUUAUUUGACAAGCACACCUUGGGUGAAGACAGCAGCUAAACACCUGCACUCUUUGCUGCUUGCAGCACUCAAAGCUCAGUGCAUGUUAUAUUUGUAGUCCAGUUUUCAUACUACCCAAUUAUGUAAUUGAUUAUGCCACUAACUUAAAUGGUUUCUAAUAAGCUACAUUGGUGGAUUUUUGAAGUCAACUUGUAGAAAACAUUCUUUGGCUUAUCUCCAAAUAAAGCAAUUUGAACAA